AAGCUUAGGAUCAUCCUGCGUGAUUACUCUGCAUUUUUAUUUCGAGAACAGUGCUCUAUCAGCGUCUCGGAUUCGUCAGCAUUGGACGAUAUAUACCAUCCGUUGACUGUGUGGUAGUGACACAAGCACAACGACCGUCCGACCCACUGGAUUUCAUACGCAAUUCCACAAUGAUCUUCAUAAACACGUUCUCCAUCGCCCUGGCCCUUGCGCCUGCUACCCUCUUCGCGGCACCCACCAGGACGAUCGACUCGAUAGCACUCAUCAUCCCGAGAGAUGCCAUCUUGCCGCGCAUGAUUGAUCAAAUGGAUCAGGCCAGUGCUACAUGCGAUCUGUCGAAUGCUGCUCUUCCUGCCACAUCCGGUCUUCCAGCUAUCGGUGCCGGCCUCAAGCUUAAGCACAUCGCGGUCGGUCGCGGUAUACAGAACUACACAUGCGCAACCGCCGCAGCGACCGAGACACCCAAGGCCAUUGGUGCAGUAGCCUCACUCUUCAACGCUACCUGCGAUGGCGUCCACGCCCCUGCUGUGCUUGCGUCUGUUACUAAGAUCGCUAUUGGAUACUCCAUCCCGGACACCAAGCUGGCUGAGGGCAGGCUUUCUGGCCACCACGAAUUCACCGAGAAGGGCGUUCCAUUCUUCAAGCUGCAGACCGAUAAGGUUAAUUUCGGCACUGUCCAUGUCGGAGACCCGAAGAAAAUGGAUGCGCCCAAAGAUGCCAGCGAGGGCCCUAAUGGUCUCGGCAGUGUCCCGUGGCUGAAGCUCACUCAUGUCGAUGGCGACUACCAGGAGGUCUACCGGAUCAAUACUGCUGGAGGUGUUGCGCCCAAGACCUGCGAGGGAGUACAGGGCAACAUCAGUGUUGAUUACGCCGCCGAAUACUGGUUCUUCGCAUGAGCUUUGUCGGCGACGGUGCGUGAAGGUCGCUUGAGUAGUUUGUACAGAGCAUCUAUCGGCGUUGGAAGGCGUUUCCGGUUUCAAUCAUCUAAUCUGGCACUCGUGGGUCGU